AUGGACUGUUAUGUUGUAAGUACAGCAGGGAAGACGAUCUUCACUAAAUUGGAGGCAAAAUAUAGGAAGGGUUUAAAGAAUGCACAGCUCAAGCUAGGUGAUUCAAAUGGAGACAUAGUAGAUCUGAAAAAUUACUUGGAUGCUCAAUACUAUGGAGAGAUUAGUAUCGGGUCACCCCCUCAGAAUUUCACUGUGAUAUUUGAUACUGGCAGUUCCAAUUUAUGGGUUCCUUCCUCAAAAUGUUAUCUUUCUAUUGCAUGCUAUUUCCAUUCGAAGUACAAGGCCAGCAAAUCCAGUACAUAUACAAAGAAUGGGAAGCCAUGUUCUGGAUCGAUUUCUGGACAUUUCAGCCAAGAUAAUGUCGGAGUUGGUGAUGUUGUGGUUAAAUAUCAACUUUUUAUUGAGGCUACAAGAGAGCCAAGCUAG